GUCCACAGUAUCCAUUCAACCAUCGGCUGUGUCCAAAGGAGCCACAGGUGCACAGUAUCCAUCCAUCCAUCUUAUCAAUGUAGAAAAUUAGGUAAUUUCGAGUCCUGGACGUCAGCACCUCUUAUUCGAGUUGACAGAAACGAUGCUGUGCAUGGAUGACGCAAAUGUCCUCAUCCCCGUUACUCACGUCCAGCAACAACUGACGUGGGACUGCGGUAUUUCUUGUGUCGCUAUGCUUCUCGGUGACAACCAACGAAAUUACCUGCUGACCUGCAAGGAAAAAAUUGCCAACGAAGAAGGGUUCGGCACCUCGACGUGGACAAUCGACCUCUGUUACCUUUUAAAACGGUUUGGUGUCCGUCACAUUUACCGGACUAUAACUCUGGGUGUGAACACACGCUUUGUGGACCAUUUUUAUUACAAGAGGAGCCUUAAAAAGGAUCUAUCUCGGGUGGAACAACGGUUCCGCGACUCCCCCAAGUGUGGUGUUGUCGUCGAAUGUAGAGAAAUGACGCUGCCUGAAAUGCUGGACCACUUGUCUGGCGGCAAUCCUAUGGUGGUUUUGGUGGAUGCAAGCUCCUUGUAUUGUGAUACCUGCGAAUCCAGCAAAGUGGUUGGCGCACUACGAAGCAUGCUUAACCUGUACAGUCCAUAUCAAGGGCACUACGUCGUCGUCUGCGGGUAUCGGUUGAGUGAUCGCAAGUUUCUGUACAGGAAUCCGGCCAAAAGUAAUCGUGUGUGUACGGUACCUUUCGAUGCAUUUGAACAUGCACGGAAACAGUUUGGUACGGACCAAGACGUCAUACUGGUACAGCAAAGUGGGGAUGGACCUUUGUGAGCUUGCCAAAACUGUGUCCUUUGGCAAACGUGUGCCAGCUGCUACCGAUCGAAAGUUGUCUGUUUUAUUGGACAUAAUUGGCAUUAAAAAUGUCAUAUGUUA